AUGGGCACAAGAAUAUCAGCCAAUGAAUCAGAGGACACUAGCCAUAUCAACAACAAUAGCCCAAUUGAUCAAGGAAUGGAAGAAUCUUCUGCAAGACUAGAGAAUAAUCAACAUGAUGAUGCAGUUGAAAUGAAUUUUAAUGGGAUUGAAAAGGAAAAUAAUGGGGAUGAAACUGAAAAUAAUGACACUGUAAUGAGUGUUGAAGAGAAAGUACAAGACCCUCAAGUUGGAAUGAUUUUUGACAGUAUUGAUGAGGUGAUCACAUAUUACAAACAAUAUGGGAGGCAAUCGGGGUUUCCAGUGAUAAAGAGAUCAUCAACAAACGGAGAUGAUGGAAAUUUGAAAUAUGUUACUAUUUCUUGUGCUCGAGAAGGCAAAUCAAAAAGUAAGUCAAGUAAUUUUCUUAAACCUCGUCCAAGUAUAAAGAAUGAUUGCAAGGCUCAACUUAGGGCAGGUUUAUUGAAUGGAAAGUGGAAAGUGAACUCUGUAAGGCUUGAUCAUAAUCAUGGAUUGAGUCCAACAAAAACACGACAUUGGAAGUGUUUUCGAGAAAUUAGCUCAAAUAUUAAAAAAAAACUUGAAGUGAAUGACAAAGCUGGAAUAAGGUUGAAUAAAAGUUAUAAUUCAAUGGUGGUUGAAGUGGGCGGACAUGAGAACAUGAAAUGUUUAGAGAAGGAUUGUAGAAAUUAUAUUGAAAAGGUUAGGGGCUUACGACUUGGGGAAGGAGAUGCUACAGCAAUUCUAAAAUGCAAGGAGUAG